AUGAUGAAGGCUAGUGCACUUCUAUCCCCCCUCUAUGGGUUGGUUUGCUUGCUCCUUGGGAACUUGGCGAGUGGUCAAGUCGAUACUAGCACCAAUGCUGUCGAUCAGGCAGGACGAGAGCUGCAGCAAACACCCCUCGACUUUGCGCUCCUCUGGCAGCAACAGGAUCCCCGUUUGGACACCUACUCCUCAGCAAAGAGGUCGCGGAGAUUGGCGUUGGCUGAGUUUUACUAUGCCACAGGAGGGGAUCAGUGGACCACAAACACAAACUGGCUUUCCUAUGACAUUGAUGAGUGCUUCUGGUUCACCACAGCUUCUACCCCAGUGUGCGACGAAGGGGGUUUCUAUUUGUCGCUACGAUUGAAUUUCAACGGAUUGGCUGGCUUUAUCCCAUCAAGCUUGGCUACCUUGUCCAGUCUGCGAAGGUUGGAUCUUGCCAGCAACAGUGUUACCGGCCAGAUAUUCAGUGAGAUUGGGACACUGCAGAACAUGGAAUUCUUGAACCUCGGCCAGAAUAAAUUGAAUGGGUCCAUUCCUUUGGAGUUGACCAAUCUCAGCAACUUGAAUAGGAUUGCUCUAUCUCGAAACUCCUUGCAAGGACUUAUUCCCACGAUGUUUGGCCAAAUGACCCAACUGCAGUACCUCUAUUUAAACAACAAUGAAUUAAAUGGCGGGCUACCCUCUGAGCUCUCGAGCCUUGGCGCCUUGACUGGCUUGAGAGUUUCGGAGAACAGGUUAAACGGAACUAUUCCGAGCGAGACCGGGGCCCUUGCUAACCUCGAACACUUGAAUGCCAGUCAAAACGAAUUCUCAGGAGUCCUCCCAGUAGAGAUUGGGAACUUGGUGUCGUUGAGAGAGCUUGUUUUGGACUCCAAUGAACUCGUUGGCGACGUGCCCAGUGAAGUUGGUCUUUUGCCCGCAUUGGAGACCUUGGCGUUGGGCAACAACUCGCUCGGCGGGACACUCCCUCGCCAACUGAGCAACGCCACAACCCUUCGACGGGUUGAUCUGGGAUCAAACAACCUUCGAGGGUCAAUCGCAUCUGACAUAGGCCGCUUGUCUAUGUUGGAGCAUUUGAAUGCCAGUCAAAAUUCCUUCUCGGGUGUGAUUCCUUCCGAUAUUGGGAACUUGGUGUCGCUGAGAGAGCUUGUUUUGGACUCCAAUGAGGUCAUUGGUGAUGUGCCUAGUGAAGUUGGUCUUUUGCCCGCAUUGGAGACCUUGGUCUUGGGCAACAACUCGCUUGGUGGGACCCUGCCACGCCAACUCAGCAACGCCACAACCCUCCGACGGGUUGAUCUGGGAUCAAACAACAUUGGAGGGUCAAUCACAUCUGACAUCGGCCGAUUGUCUAUGCUGGAGCAGUUGAAUGUCUCGCACAAUUCGAUGUCGGGGGUCCUUCCAGAAGAGAUGGGGAGCCUCGUUGCCCUCCGUGAGAUGUUUGCGGACAACAAUAAUAUAGACGGUUCGAUCCCCCGUGGAUUGAGCAGUGCUACGUCACUUGAGUUCUUGAAUGUCAGUUCCAACAGUCUUUCGGGGGUGAUGCCGAGCGAAUUUGCUGAGCUGGUUUCCCUUCGUGAGCUUUCGUUGGACAAUAACGACAUCAGUGGUGAGGUGCCUUCCGAGUAUGGUCUUUUGACGGACCUGUCGGUUCUAUCGGCCGGAUCAAAUGAAAUCCGGGGUCGGAUCCCAAGUCAGCUUGCUUUUGCCAGGUCCCUCCGGGAGCUUGAGCUGGGUAGCAAUGAGAUUGAUGGUGCAAUUCCUGAAGAGCUUGGUGAAUUGAGCAAGCUACAACAUCUCGUGUUGAGGGACAACCGCCUAAGUGGGGUGCUUUCGUCACGGCUACUGUCUCUCCCUUCACUUGUGACACUGAAUGCAGAGGAAAACGGUAUAGUUGGAUCCAUCCCAACGGAAAUCGGCUUAUCCAGCUCCAUGGCCUUCUUUGUUCUCAAUCAAAAUCGAAUCUCAUCCUCGCUUCCGACCCAAAUUGGGGGAGCUAUAAACUUGCGAGAUAUUUUACUUCGUGACAAUGAGUUGACUGGUACCAUCCCUUCCGAAAUCGGGCUUAUUACUGGUGACAUGAGUGCAGCACAAGAAUCUCGCCGUUUGCAAGCUGGAAUAUCAAUGGGACUGGAGAGGUUGUGGCUGGACAACAACACAGAGUUGAUAGGAACCGUGCCGCAAGAGCUUGGUGAAUUGACGAUGCUCGAGUUCUUUUCAUUUGAAGGGACGCAAGUAGAAGGGGAGACGCCGGAAGCCUUUUGCAUGUCAAGUGGCUUGGAUCUAGUGUGUUCUGCGAAUGCCUGCGGCUGUGGUUGUGAAGUUUGCCCGGACCGACAAGGCUCGUCAUCGUUCAACACAUCGUCACCGACCACAUCUGCACCAACCACGUCUGCACCAACCACGUCUUCGCCAACCCCUGAACCAACCCUUGAACCCACAUUUGAUCCCACGCCACAACCGACCACUGAUCCUACUGGAGUCCCUUCAUUGGCCCCUUCUUCCUCGCCCAGCUCAAAUCCAUCAUCGGCCCCAAGCACUGAGCCAUCGCCCAAGCCUAGUUUGAUCCCGUCAUUAAUGCCAAGCGACGAGCCAAGCUCCAGCCCGAGCGAAAAUCCAUCAUCGAUACCAAGCAACAAGCCUUCAUUCGCUCCAAGUGCAAGUCCGAGUUUGAUUCCAUCAUCUGCCCCAAGUACCUGUGACAUCCUAGAUGUCCAAAUGCAUUGGGACCUUCGUUUUUUGGGUGACACAAGUGUUGUAGAUGAUGUGACUUGGAGUGGAAUAUUUGAUGCGGCUUAUGGGACUUUGCCGAGAAUACCAUGUGGACCUGAACUGAGUUUCGUACGGGUGUUGCAAAGAAUACAGGGAAGGCGUUUGCUCCGUGGCCGCCACUUACAGACGGAGACAACGAUCAGGUUUCUGGUGGACUCCACAUCCCCUAUCCUUCAAACUGAUUCGGACAGAAGCGCAUUUUCUGGCAGUGUCAGUUCUGGAGUCGUGGCCUUUGGGCUUCAGCUCGUUGGCCUCAAUGCUGUGAACACAGAUGCUCCGUCAUCUUUGCCCUCCCAAGCCCAACGGAAUCGCCAACAGCAAGCCCUACCGAAGCACCAACAGCAAGCCCAACGGAACCACCAACAACCAGCCCAACGGAACCACCAACAGCAAGCCGACGAAAUCAACAACGAGCCCUACAGAAUCACCAACAACCAGCCCAACGGAAGCACCAACACAACGCAACGAAUCGCCAACGGCAAGGCCCACCAAAGCACCAACUGCAAGCCCAACGGAAUCGCCAACAGCAAGCCCUACGGAACCACCAACAACAAGACCUACGGAAUCACCAACAACCAGCCCAACGGAAGCGCCAACAGCAAGCCCUACGAAAUCGCCAACACAAGCCACCGAAGCGCACAACCAGCCAACGGAACCACCAACAGCAAGCCUACGGAAUCACCAACAACAGCCAACGGAAGCACCAACAGCAAGCCCUACGAAAUUGCCAACAGCAAGCCCUACCGAAGCGCCAACAGCAAGCCCUACUGA